GUAUAUCUAUCUUCCAGUUACAUGGAAGCAACAACUGGUUAGGUUAAUGAAAGUAUGUUUGAAACUAGAAGCAUAUGAUCUCUUAAUAGUAAUGUAUUGUAAUAUAUGUAGUUCUAAAUCUUGGAAAUCUUGCUCAGUGUCAAAUUACUUAAAGAAAAGUUAUUUGAAUUCAUGUGAAUAUCAAAAUAAAGACAAAAAUGUUUCAUUAUGUUAACAGAAGCCCUUAUUCAUGGUUUUAUGUAAUACUUUUAUAGUCAUGAUAAUUCCAUAAUUGAUGGACUUAUUCCUUCUAGGGAAGUGCGUUCCAUCUUUGGCCACAUCUUAGCUUAGCAACAGGCGAGAUCGUGGUCAAGUGCUUUCUUUUGAUACAUAAAAAAAUUAAUUGGUAUUUUUAACACAAGUGAUUAUUUUAGUACUUAUGGUGAAGGGUCGGAACGGGAAGAAUCUACUCAUGCUGAACGGGUACACGUAUUACCAGCAUAAGCUGCUCCGAGAUGGGUUCAGAUGGAGCUGUACCCAAAUGGGAUCCAGGUCUUGCAGGGGCUUCUUGCACGUUACGGGAGACAUGAUGGUGGUUCGGGCCCACAUUGAGCACACCCACCCGCCGUCUACGUACUUCCUGCAGAAUGUGAAGAAGAAUAUGUCCAAUGCAAGAAAAAUAGCAAAGUAAAAACAUCUAAUUUAUUGGAGGUGUCAAGAAUCAAGGAUGAAUUCGAUAGAUAACUCAAAAAUAACAAUAAUAUUAAGAGAAAUAAACUAACUAACGUAGUAAUUUAAUCAUGUUGUAAACUGUUUAGUUGUAAAUAGUGUUUUAAAGAAAAUAUUAAAUGUGUAUUGUAGGGUUUA